AUGCAGAACAAAUUCCUGCCAGAGCCGCUAAACGCCGUGCGAAUUUUCACGUUACGACAAUACGUGAAGAAACGACGGAAGAGGAGCGGGAAGAGCAGCGGGAAGAGGGGGAGGAGAAGGAUAAGCUUAGGCGGUGGUGAUGACGGUCAUGACAACAGCGGACGACGAGAAACGCCACUGGACGACGACCUCAACGACGACGACUAUGAAGAGGAUGAGGACAGCAACGACGCCGGCGGCGGCGACGAUAAUUGA